AUGAAUUUUGAAUUUUUAUACGACAUAUACCCGUACGUAAAUAUUGCUCUAAGAAUGUAUCAAUGUUGUCCUGUGUCUAACUGCUCUUCAGAGCGAUCGUUUAGUGCACUAAAACGAAUUAAAAGUUAUUUUCGAUUGAGGAUGACUGAUGAACGACUAAACAGUAUCGCCAUAUUAAACAUCGAAUCAGAUAUUACAAAAGGUUUAGACUAUGAUGAUCAUUCCUUGAAAGCUCGAAAAAUGAAUAUGUAA